AGCGGAACCUACUUCGAGUCAGCUAUCGUGGCUUGAGGGGACUUCAGUCUGUCCGCGGAGAUACAGGUUUCUUUUUUCUUGUUAUUAGAUGGACAGCACUUGUUGCGAUGUGCUGGGAGGAUCAAAGCAACGACUUAUCUCAGCACAUCGCAACUUCGACCUGGUUAGAGACUUGAGCCAGCCUUCCAUCGAUGGUAAGGAUCCUGAUGAAAACGUCCAAGUUACGCGUCAAGAUAGACAGGCUGACGCGUUGGUUGCCCCAGGCUGCGCGUAUCCGAAAACGGAGCGCGGCGUUUAGGCAAAUAUUCUGACGGCCGACAUCUACGGCCGAAA